ACGUGGCUGCUGCACUGCCCAGCACCGUGGCCCUUUCCCCUUCCCGUUCAGCGCGGUUGCGAUGAAGACGAUGAAGAAGUGAGGAGGAGGAGGAGGCAGUGGCGGCCGUGGCGGCGGCGGCGGCGUCUGUGGUGGAGGGAGGAGGAGGAGGAACAUGGCGGCCGGUGGCGGCGGCGGCCCCGGCAGCGCUGCUCGGGACGGCCAGUUUCUGGAAGCUUUGGCUAGAUCACAGUUCAAGAAAGAUGGAGGAUUUAAAAAUAAUUGGAGCUUCGAUGAUGCAGAAGAAAGUGAAGGAGAUGCAGAAAAAGAUGAUACAAAUCCCCUCAGUAUAGAAGAAGAUAAUGAGUCUGACACUUCAGAAGGAAAGAAGUCACAACAUUGUCGAUCUGAAGCUGUUGGUACUAGUUCUGGUGACAUCUUAAAGACUUAUGUAAGACGAAACAAGAUUGGAAACUUCAGAACUUUGAAAGGGAACUCAAUGGGUCUUAAUAUGUUGAGCAACAACAAGAAACUGAGUGAAAAUUCAAAAAAUAUUUCACUAUGUUCUGGGACCAUAGUGCAUGGUAGACGUUUUCAUCAUGCUAAUGCGCAGAUACCAGUAGUAAAAACUGCAGCACAGAGCAAUCUGGAUCAAAAAGAAAGGAAAGAAUACCCCCCUCAUGUUCAAAAAAUAGAAAUUGACCAUAUUAGGUUGCCACGGCCCCAAGGUAUAGAAAGCAUAAUAGAGAAAACAGAAGAGUCUGAAACAGAAUCAGAGUCUGAAAUCAAGAGGAAAGUACAACCAAAACGUCACUGCAAUUCAUACCAGUCUGAUUUCCAACUGUCUCCUGCUUCAAAAAAAAAUUUAACCCAUUUAGAGGUUUCUGCACAAAGUGAAUAUUGUCCACAAUGUGGGAAAGAAAGAAAAAAUCUGACCAAAUGCCAAAACUGUGGGGUUACUUUUUCUAAAGAUUUACAAAGAAAUUGUAGGCAAGCAUUAAAUGAAGCAGCAGUACCUUUAUCACGAACAUCCAUUCAUCAUAAUUCAGGAGGACAAAAGUCUCAAAACACUGGACUAAAUGCCAAAAAAUUUUAUGGCAAUACUUUGGGAAAGGUUCCAGUUGAUAUUAUUGUGAGUCAUGAUUAUGGUGGACAGAAUUUUCUACAGUCAAAUGGAAAAAUCCUUUUACCUGGUGCAAAAAUAUCCCAUAUUGCAAGCUUAAGAAAACGGAGUACAAAACCAUCUGAUCUAAAUGAUCCAAUAAUUUUGUCCAGUGAUGAUGAGGAUGACAUUGACAGUGGGAAUACUAACAGAAGAGAAAGCAUAUCACCUCGGCCUGCAGAUUCAGCACGUUCUUCCCCAGCACCCUCUACAGGAAAAGUAGAAGCUGCACUGAAAGAAAAUAGCUGUGGAUUAGAACAUAGAGGGAGAAGUACUGCAACAGAAUCAGAAUUGGUGGUCACAAUACCAAGAAAAGCAAGAAUGAAAGAUCAGUUUGGCAAUUCUGUACCAAAUACACCUCUAAAACGUCGUAAAGUUGCUUCUCCAGAAACUUUAGUUGAUACUACACCUUUAAAUUUCCAAAGUCACUUUGAAAGUGUUAUUUUGAAUUGUCGGAGUAUACGAAUAGGAACUCUGCGUCGAAUGGUAGCAGAGCCUGUAAUUCACAAACCUCCUGGGAAUACAUAUACUUUAUUUUGUUUAGAUUUUAUCAAGAUUCAUCUGGAGGAGUUUGAAAGUGGUGAUAUACAAGAGAUUGAUUUAAAAACCUCUGAACUUACUAAAUGUGAAUGGUGUAGUGUCAGAAAAUUACCUGUAGUAUUUCUCCAAACAAUACCAGCUGCUUGUCAUAGUCUGAGAAUGCAACUGAAGAUGAAUCGAGAAAGAGAUAAUUCUUGGUAUGAUUGUGAAGGAGAAAGUCCUGAAGAACAAUAUAUCAUUUUAAUUUUUGAAACUGGCCUUGAUACACAGGCAACUAUAGUAUUUGAAAAUAUCAUUACUGAAAUUGGUAACAGAAAUAAUAUUCCUGAUUUUUUUGUGAAAAUCUCCUUUGAAGAAGCCAAUGGAAGACUUGUUGCUUUUACAAAAACUUAUGAAGAAGUUUCCAAAGCAAGUUCUCUGCAAAAAGAAAGCAAAAUAAAAAAUGUUUCAUUUGAACCUAAAAUACAAUUAAGAAAUAUAACACCACAGUUCCAGUUUUUUGACGAGGAUGAGGAAAUUGGAGAACCACAUACUGUCUUUAUUGGCCCUAUUGAAAAAUUGAUAGUAUAUCCACCACCUCCAGCUAAGGGAGGCAUCUGUGUUACUAAUGAGGAUCUGCACUGUCUAAAUGAAGGAGAAUUUUUAAAUGAUGUUAUUAUAGAUUUUUAUUUAAAGUAUUUGGUACUUGAAAAACUGAAUAAAGAAGAUGCUGAUCGAAUUCAUAUCUUUAGCUCCUUUUUCUAUAAACGCCUUAAUCAAAGAGAGAGAAGAAAUCUUCAUGAAACAACAAAUCUCUCAAUACAGCAGAAGCGACAUGGGCGUGUUAAAACAUGGACUCGACAUGUAGAUAUUUUUGAAAAGGAUUUUAUUUUUGUUCCCCUCAAUGAAGCUGCACAUUGGUUUUUGGCUGUUGUUUGUUUUCCUGGCUUGGAGAAACCCAAAUAUGAACCAAAUCCUCAGUACCAUGAAAAUAUUGCCAACCAAAAAAGUUCAGCUGCAGAGGAUAGCUGUACUUCUUCCUCUUCAUCAAAUGAAAUGGAUAGUUUGCAAAACUCUCCUGCCAAGCCUGUAAUUAAGAAAAUACCAAACAGAAAGCAUAACAUGGCUUUAAUUGACUCAAGCAUUAUAAAUGAAGAAAGUGACUUACACUGUCAGAGGAGCCCUUGUAGUGGAAAAAGUGUUCUGAAAAAAGUAAAUCAUAUUGAAUGUGAAACUAAACUAGAAUCUGCUUGUCAGAAACUUGAUAAUAGGACUAAAGAUGAGAAUGGCGUGCAAAAUGAAUUUCUACCUUCACAUCAUACAGAUGGUUUGAACAGAAUCAGAUUAAACUAUAGUGAUGAGCCAGCUGAUAUUGGCAAUAAAUUGCUUGAAGAUGAACUUAUUGACUUCUCAGAAGAUCAGGAUAACCAGGAAGAUAGCAGUGAUGAUGGGGGUCUUGAUGAUACCUGCAAUUCUGAAUUAGGACAGUGGCAUUUAAAGCCUACUAUCUGUAAGCAACCCUGUAUCCUGCUUAUGGAUUCACUCAGAGGCCCUUCUCGGUCAAAUGUUGUAAAAACACUAAGAGAGUACUUGGAAGUAGAAUGGGAAGUAAGAAAAGGAAGUAAAAGAAGUUUUUCCAAAGAUCUUAUGAAAGGCUCUAAUCCAAAAGUACCACAGCAAAAUAACUUCAGUGAUUGUGGAGUAUAUGUAUUGCAAUAUGUGGAAAGCUUUUUUGAGAAUCCAAUUUUGAAUUUUGAACUUCCAAUGAAUUUGACAGACUGGUUUCCUCGCCCAAGAAUGAAAACUAAACGAGAAGAAAUCCGGAACAUAAUCUUAAAACUACAGGAAGAGCAGAGCAAAGAAAAGAAGGGAAAUAGAGACAUUAAUUUAUCAGAAGCAUCUUUACAGGAAAAAGCAGAUCAAUAUAUCAACAGCAGCUCAGACUGAACUUUUCUGUUGCAUGUUAGCUCUCCUGUCAGAAACGGAAUGUUUUUACAACUUCAGCUAAAUAGACUAAAGAACUGAAGUGUUUCACUACUCAGAAUAGAUUGGGAAUGUUGAAAAAUAAAAAAUUUGUACAAAUGUGUCAUAAUUGAUUCCCAAAGGAGUAUGUAUUAAGUAAAAUUCUGUAAAUAUGUUAAUGAAGCCAAUUUUUCCAGCAUUUGUAAUUAAUUUUUUCACUUGUUAGGAAGCUUUUGUUAUGUAUUUUCUGUUAAUAGUACUUAAUAGCAACUUCUAAACUUAAAGACAAAUAAAAAGAAAAUACUUAUA